AUGUGCACGCCGUCGCGUCACCGACGGCUCGUGCUUGCGUAUGAUAGCAAUCCCUCGUCUGACGGCAGCGUCCUCGUUCCGCCACUCCGCCCGCGCGGCAUCAUCAUUGUCCGCCUACACAACGCGGCGGCCGAGGGCGAAAGCAGCGCGGCGGCCGAGGGCGAAGCCAGCGCGGCGGCCGAGGGCGAAAGCAGCGCGGCGGCCGAGGGCGAAGGCGGCGCGACGGGCAAGCGGAAGCGCGAGGGUAACGGCGAGCUGGGCAAGGACGCGCUCCGCGCCAAGUACCGCAAGCUGCGCGCCGGGCUGAACAUGCGGCUGGCGGAAGCUGGCCACCUGCUCGAGCCGCUGCUGGCCGCGAAGCGGCUCGACGCGAUCGACUUCAAGAAGGCGCCCAAGGGCGCGCUGGCCAAGUGCCGCAAGGCGCUGCUCAAGGACCCGGAGACGGCGGCGCGGUGGAAGAAGGCGAUGGCCGCGUCGGACAAGGCGGUGCCCGACAUCACCGACAUUGUGCAGGCGGCGGCGGAGGGCGGCGACGACGAGCUGGAGCUGCUGCCGCGCCGCAUCGCCAAGGCCAUCGCCGCGCUCAAGGCGGCGCGCGAGCAGCUCAAGGCCAAGGCCGCCUCGAUGCUCGAGCAGCUCGAGGCGGCCGCCGAGGCCGGCGCGUCGGGCGGCGACGCGGCGGGGCGCACGCCCGACGCGAUGGCGUCGCUGAGCGAGGGCGGCGCGCUGCCGACGCUGCCCGUCGUGCUGACAGCCGAGGGGCGGGGCGUGCCGCCCUCGCAGCCGCCUGCGCUCCUCCUCGCCGCCUUUGUGGCGGCCUGCUCGCAGAAGCUGCGGCACGUGGCCGUUGACGGCGAGCUCAUCGCCGUCACCUCUCCCGAGGAGGACGCCGCCAUCGCUCAGGCCGAGGCCGAGGCGGCGGCGGCGGCUGAGCCGGGCGCCCCGGGCGCGUCGGCGCCUGCGCCCGCGCCCGCGCCCGCGCCCGCGCCCGCGCCCGUGCCCGUGCUGACGCCGUCCUUCGAGGCGUUCGUCGCUCGCGCGGCGGAGCCGUUUCGCCACGGCGGCGGCGGCGGCAGCGGCGCGGCGCGGCUGCUGGCGGGCGGCACGCGCAUGCUCGAAGCGGUCGACGGCGGCGCGGGCGACGUCCUCGUCGUCUGCUCCGGCUUCACGCCUGCCUCCGACCCCGCCGAGCUUGCCGGCGCGACCGCGUCGCUCAAGGCGCACGGGAUGCGGCUGCUGCUCGUCCACCGGCUGCGCGAGGCGGCCGACGCGGCGGUGGGUCGCUUCAAGCCGCGCGCCAACCUCCGGCCGAUGCCGAGCCGCGGCGCGGAAAUUGUGGACGUCUGCUUCAUCCUGGACCUGACGGGCUCGAUGGGACGCUGGAUCGACCAGUGCAAGACGCACGUGAGCAACGUGAUCCGCGGGCUCAAGGCCGACCUCGCCGUCGGCGAGGUGCGCGUCUCCUUUGUUGGCUACCGCGACUGGGGAGAGCGCAACUCGCCGCACGCGCCGCGCGUGGUCGUGCACGAGUUCGUGCCGCUCAGCCGAGUCGACGAGGUCACCGCGGCCAUCGGGAGAGAGGGGGCAAACGGCGGCGGCGACGGGCCGGAGGACGUGAUCAUCGCGAUCGAGAGCGCGCUGCGGCUCGAGUGGCGGGGCGACGUGAGGGUGGCCGUCUUCAUCGCCGACGCUCCGGCCCACGGCUACAGUGGGCAGGGGCGCGGCGGAGACGAUUUCCCCGCCGGACUGUGCCCCGACCAGCGCACGCCGCUGCCCACGCUGCUCGGCCGGCUCGCCAACGAGCAGGGCGUCGACCUCCUCGCGACCAAGCUGAACUCGUACACCGACAUCUUUUACAACAUGCUCGCCGAGCAGUACCCGGGCGGCGACGGCUUCGGCGUGCUCUCGCUCACCGACGGCGCGCACAAGUUCAAGGCGGCCAUCAUGGGCGCGCUGUCGGAGGCGCUCUGCGUCGGCGACAUGCAGGCCAAGGGCUACCCAGCCGUUCAUCGACGCCAUUGA